GACCGUCGGGAACGGGGGACUGAAGUCAGCUGGUUCAUUAACUCACUUCCGUUCCGUGUGUCGCACGCAACAUAAGGACGGUAAUCAGCUCACGCCGAAGUCUGUCACUUGACUCAACGUAGUUCUUUUACUACACGAUUCUGUAAAAAGUCAGCUGGGCGUCAGAUAUUUGGAUGGAGCCAGUUUCAGAUUUGAAGCCUGCCAUUCACUGCUUUGACAUCGCGAGGGUCGCCAUAGCCCUGCAUCCUCACAUUUCUGCAUCUCAAUGAGAGAAGAAUGGUCAAGUACUUCUCAAACAACACAGACAUCCAGAACGCCUGGGAACAUGUUGUCUCUGCAUUCUGGCGGAGAUACCCAAAUCCAUUCAGCACUCAUGUGCUGACGGAGGACGUGGUCUACCGGGAGGUCACUGCAGACCACAAGCUCCUCUCCAGACGGCUGCUCACCAAGACCAACCGCCUGCCGCGAUGGGCCGAGAAGGUGUUCCCCACCCACCUCGCCCGCUCCGUCUACAUCGUGGAGGACUCCAUCGUUGACCCGUUGACCAGGAGCUUGACCACCUUCACCUGGAACCUCAACCACACCACGCUCAUGGCUGUGGAGGAGCGGUGUGUGUUUAAAGAGUCGGCCCUUCAGCCAGCGACCACCAGUGUAAAGCGGGAGGCGUGGAUCUCCUCUGGUGUGUACGGCUUCUCAAGACCCAUUCAGGUACUUCAUGAAGGAUCUGACUCAAUGCUACGCAUGAUAAGGGGUAAACGCCAUGGACAAUAGGAAGCGAUGCUAUGUAGGAUAGUAAUCAAUACGAUGUAAAUUAAUGAAUGCAAUUCAUGAUAUGGAUUGAUGCUAGAUGGUGAAAGUAUAUUCAGUGUGAUCGAUUCAGAUGGUCUUGUUGGGUUUGUUUCAUUUGGCGGAGUCCUACAAACUUAUCACUGCAAAAGUCUUUUCAGUUAGUAUUGACAACAUUUGCGUCAGCGAACUCUUAUAAAGCAUUCUGUGAAACCCUGGCUCGAUUGAGAUUGGCCCAUUAUGUCUGAUAAUUCGAUGGUGAGUAUAAUACCUGAGGUGCCUUGAUGUACCAUACAAUGGUGCGCCGUUGCUUUGACAAUGCGAUUAGCGUCAACGAACAAACAAGCAGUUCAGUACGAGUGCUUCAAUGAUUAAUGUCGUCCUAUCGGCCCAUUUCAUAUAAUUUAUUCCACAGUACUUUGUGGCUGACGUUUGAAGUAGUUGCUCUGGAAAUAGUAGACUGUGGUGAUAAAUGAUCAGUCUCUCCAAAUGAAUUGUCCUUCUCUUUCUUUCGAUACUCUGAUUCAUUUGGAACUGCUUCAAUUUUCCACCACCAUGGAAAAAUUGUCCUCCAUUAUGUUUGAAGGCUUCUCAUUUUGAUGUUGUAUGAAAACCAGUUUUCAGCCGUCAUCAACAUCCUCUUCGUUAUCUGAUGGUGAACCAUAGAGAAACCACAAGGCAGCCUUCCAGAAAUGAGCUUGGGUACGGCCAUUUGUCACCGGAAAGGGAGCGGUGAACCUGUCUGAGCUUCCUUUUGAAGCCGUUCCUAGUCUGAUCUCAAACGGUGGCUUGUUGUGAAAAUAAUGGUGUGCUUGUUGGAAUGGCUAAGGAAUAAAACAUGACGGGGGGUCGAAAAACCACUCAGAAAGGGAUAAUAAUACGGCCAAGACGAAGUGAGUCUGCUUAACACUACCAGAGUACAUGUUUAUAACACCAAAGGCCUGGAAUGGUUUAUUCCCCUUAUAUCACAGUUAACAACGGUGAUUAGAUGUUAUUUACUUUCUAUGACCUUAUUGUUUUUUUACUGUCUUAAAGGUUGGGUUUGGGAUUUGCGAAACGCCAGCAGAUUUUGAAUAUACACAACUCAAAUGGUCCUACCCCCUCUCCUUCAACACUGACUCUGACUCCACCCAUUUCGUGCAAUCAUGCACGAGCGAACACAGAUGCGCGAGAGCGAGCCAUUAGCUAGUUAGCUAGCUCCAGUAGCUACCGCAGGAUAACAACAAACAGAAGCCUGUUCUGGGUCACGAGCUUUGAGUACGUGCACGAAGGGGUUGCAAGGGGAGCGGGAGGGGGAGUGCAGUACGACCAUUUGAUUGACGUACUUACUGUCCAAUGCCACUCGGUGGGUCUGGAAAUCAUUGGCUGGAGUUUUUCGAGCCCUGCCCGUUCCACAGAUGAUUGACUUGUUUAAUUUUCAUGUCAGUACUUCUAACUCAGUGGCUGUAAGUGGGUUAUGAUAAGGAUUUCAAGUAAUUUUGCAAAAAUGGCCAAAAAAGAGAAUUCCAUACCCAACCUUUAAAUGGGACCUGAUAUGCUUUUUCGACUUUUAUGA